GUCUCGUCUCUCUCUAGUAGAGAGACUCAUAAUAAUGUCGAACACUUCAAACUCCGAUCCCGAUUCCGAUAUCCCAUUUGCUUCAUCGAAUUUAACUCUUCCGAGUUACAAUCAAAACCCAAGAAGAAAACGUACUAAACUCACCAACAACGAAACCGGUUCUUCUUCUUCUUCUCCAAGGCCUAAUCUGGUCGCGCAACCGGAUCCUGAUGCUUCACAAAUCGCACCAUGUACUGAAUGUGGUAAACAAUUCGGGUCAUUGAAGGCACUCUUUGGACACAUGAGAUGUCACCCUGAACGUCAGUGGCGUGGCAUCAACCCUCCUGUUAAGUUCCAACGUGGGAUCAACGCAACCGCUGCGUCAUCAUCCUCGAGUUGGGAUGCAUCGGAGGAAGAGCAUAACAUAGCCUCUUUGUUACUAAUGUUGGCUAGUGGUGGUGUCUCGCCUGGUUCAAGUGGAGUUGAGGAACGGUUUGAGUGUGGUGGUUGUAAGAAAGUGUUUGGGUCACAUCAAGCGUUAGAUGGACAUAGAGCAACACAUGCCAAAGGAUGUUUAGCCAUUACAAACAUAACCGAAGAUCCUCCUCCUUCUCCUCCUCCUCCUCCGCCUCCUCCUCCUCCUCCUCAAGAGAUCGUUGAUAAAGAUAAGGGCAAGGGUGUGAAGUUGGUCUCAGGGAUGAAUCAUCGAUGUAACAUCUGUUCUAGAGUGUUUUCCAGUGGUCAAGCGUUAGGUGGUCACAUGAGAUGUCAUUGGGAAAAAGAUCCGGAAGAGAACCAAGUCAGGGGCAUCGAUCUUAAUGUUCCUGCGUCGACAUCUUCAGACACAACGUUAGAUUGUUCUUUAGAUCUUAGGUUAGGACUUUGAUAUAUAAUAACAUAAUUAAACUUAUUUAUGUUUA